GGGCCGUCUCGGGCCGUCGGAAGGCCGAAAAGAAGGAAAUGUCAAAAUGUCCCAAUCCGUAGCCAUUUUGGCUCAAGCCAUUUUAGCCCUUGCCAUAGCUAUUUUUGCCGUGGGGGCCAAUCCCUACCUUGACCCAUAAUGUUGUUUGUGUUGUUGGUUAUUUGCUUUCAUGGCGCCGCGUCCGUACACGUAGAUGUGCUUCGUGACAGACCACGUGUUGCAGUAUUAAUCGUGGGCAAAUCGUUUAACAGCCGGAGGAUGGCAAACAGUUCAAGCUUGUCUAACGCCUCCUUGCAAGACAGAGGGGCGGGGGCAGGAACUACCGAUGCAACGAACAUGUUCGAUUUCAUGACCGGAGAAGACAACACCGAUGACGGAGACACACUGCAGUUUGAGAGAGAGCCUGGCGUUGUAAACCGCACGUGGGAUAACAUUCUGAAUAUGUUGAUCAAGCCAGUAAAGAAGACCCACUGGGUGGACGUGAUUCUCUGCAUUGACAAGAAGGUGAAUGACGUGCCUCCCGAGGUAACGCACGUGUUCGCGAUCUCCGCUCCAAGCCAGGAGGAACGCGGCCUCCAGUGCCUGGCGAAGAUAAGAAAUAACCAUCGCACGUAUGAGUGGCUGAUCAAAACGCGGCCAGACUUUAUGUUUUACAGGCCGUUUCCAUCGAUGACGUCUUUCCUUCCCGGCUACGUGUACACGCGAUUCCGCGCCGUCGCAGGGAUAAGCAAUCUCACGUCAGACCAUUUCUCGUGGGACUACUGCACUUCGCGGUGCAAUGCCGGGCCUCCCGGCCGCUACGGCUACAUGAACGAUGACAUGGUGCGAGUAGUGCCCGCAGCUUUGAUGCAGUUUGCAUUCAGGAGUCUUGGUGAUACUACUAAGGUGAAGACCCCCCAAACAUGGAUCGCAUAUAAGAACUUCCCCCACGAGGUAGGGCUCUCUCUCUUCUGGCUUGAGCGAGGCAUUCGCACCAUGCCAUUGGCUUGCCCAGGCUACCCUAGGCAUGCCAGAUAUCAUCAUCAUGAGUUGAGCUAUCCGUGUUCAACCGUGCCAGUGAAGAAGAACUGCCAGCCAAAUUUGCCGAUCCAGGAUGUCCAUAAGGCACUCGUGUAGAAAGGAUGGUCGCACGCAGUCGCCAGUUGAACUGGAGGAGUGUUUUCCCAGUGCACGUGCUCGCGGAGAUAGGAAUCUAGUUUCCAGCCAAUAGGGAGAAACCAGUCUGAGACGGGAACCGUUUUAGAAUGCCAGCCUUGUUUGUGAACUCCCCGCUCUCCCCUUUUCCCGCUCCUGCUUCCAUCCCAUAUCCUUUCGCCCCUCAUGUGUGCACUGUUGCGUGGCCGUUUCGCUCGAACAGUCUUGAGGGGCUCCUCUUGCAGAGCCGCUUGCGAGCGACAUCAGAUCAGAUACGAUAACUCAGCAUAAGACCCACAGCAUAGCACAGCAUAGCAUUCAUACAUCAGCGAUUGUGCGUUUCUGUGUUAUGUGCCGGGCUCGACGCCCCGAUGUCAUAUCAGUUCCGUGCAGGAGCUUGCAGUUUCGCCAGGACUGACAUCCACCCGUGGCAACGCUUCACCACGCAGUGAAAAAAGCCAUAGAGAGCCU